AUGACCACCACCCACAAUAAAUCCUCCACCAAUAACCCGGUCCCCGCCGCCCCUUCCUCAACCGACGACUCUAUCGACCCAAUUGAUUCCUCCACCAUUGACUAUGCUUCCUACGGAGUGAGCCACGUUGAAUCGUCGAAUGCCGAUUAUGGCUCCUUCGGUCCCCUCGCGCAUGUUGACACCGCGCAGACCCAACUCCCCGCGUUUGGCGGCGAGCUGCAACCCGGUCUUUGGCGGCCUCCCAAGCGCCGGAUGGCGAAUCCCGCCCCGUUGGGUCUGUGCGGAUUCGCGCUGACAACCUUCCUCCUGGGAACCAUCAACAUGCAAACGCGCGGCAUUACCGUACCUAAUAUCAUUGUCGGUCCGGCUAUGGCGUAUGGAGGUCUAGUACAGUUGCUAGCUGGCAUGUGGGAAAUGGCCGCCGGAAAUACCUUCGGCGCAACGGCCCUAUCGUCCUACGGCGGCUUCUGGAUCUCUCUCGCCAUGAUCUUCAUACCGGGCGGAUUCAACAUCCAAGCGGCGCUCAUCAAAGCCGACAAUGGGAGCUCCGUCAUGUUCUACGAUUCCUUCGGGCUGUUUCUUAUGGGGUGGUUUAUAUUCACAUUCAUCCUGUGGAUCUGCACUCUCAAGUCCACCUUUGCGUUCAGCAUCCUCUUCUUCCUUGUCGACGUUGCCCUCCUCCUCCUGGCUAUUGGUUACUUGCACCGCGAUGGACAGGACGCCCCCAACGAGCGGGUCAUCAAAGCAGGAGGUCUGUUUGCCUUGCUUGGGGCGUUUGAUGCCUGGUAUAUCGCUCUGGCGGGUCUUCUGGACGAUAGCAAUAGCUUCUUCCUCAUUCCCGUGUUCCAUUUUCCCUGGUCUGAAAAGGGGAGGGAGUCGCGCCGGCAGAUGGAGUUGGAGAAGCAGGCGAGUGGGGUUUGA